CACACUGCACUGAUACUGAUUAUGACAGGCCUGCUUCUUCUUGUACGAAUAAUAAAAUUGUAGUGUUCUGGACUGUCGACUCGAGGUAGCUAGCUGUCGUGUCGAAUGUCGUUACAACUAGAGUUGAUUUUCUGUGAAGGUGACUAGCAGUAGUACGAUCACAAGGUUCGUUCGCAUCAGUGAGGAAGUAAGUCUUAUGUUCCAACACUAUAAAUUUGGCUUCCUCUGAAAAUAAUUAAUUUGGAAAUUAUACGACUUUUAUACUCAUUGAUGCCAGUAUUGAGUGCAUGUACAACGAAUAGUGUACAAAGUAGCUUUUCUUGAUUCGAUUUGUCCUCUGAAAAUGUCUGACCAAAUUGCCCAUGAAACAACCAUGGCAUUGGAGGUGUCCCCUUCGCAACAGCAAAAGUCUGAAUCGUUUUCUGCCGUGAGUCUAGAUGAGGAGCAGGGUACCGGAAUUCCAGGGGUAAAGCUUGAGGAGACCGAGGUCCAAGAAACGACAGCUCCGCCAGUGGCUCAGGCGUUGCAGCGUUUGAAGCUGGCCACAGAGACUCGCUUGAGGUGCACCAAGCAGAUCCUCUCAGAGAGAUUCGGAAAGGGAACUCGAACUGUGGAUGCCCAGUUGGAUGAAAGGAUUGCUACCCUGAGGGAAACACAGAGAAAGUAUGCAUUGAUUUUGACCAUUGUGCGGAGGCUGUCAACCCAAGUGAGGGCAUCCAUGGAAACCCAACAGACUCUUGGCGACAUGUUUGCUGAGUACUCAGUUCACACUCCGGAGCUGCUGGAGGAGUUCAAACGCAACAGCGACGUACAGCGCCAGGUGUCGCGCAAUGGCGAGUCAUUGCUAGCAAUCAUGUUGACGUUUGAGAGCAGCCUGGACACCCUAUCGUGCAAGACCAUAGAGGAUACGCUGCUGAAAGUGAAAGAAUACGAGAGUGCAAGACUGGAGUAUGAUGCGUUUAGAACCGACCUGGAACAACUCCGUGCGUUCAAGGUACAAAACCCAGGCAACACUGGAAAGGCACUGAAGCUGGAGCGAGCCGAGGCUGACUUUGAGAUUCACCGUAGCCGGUAUGACAGGAUGAGAAGUGAGCUGGCGAUCAAGCUGCAGCUGCUGGACGAGAACAAGACCAAAGUGAUGCAGAACCAGCUUGUUCUCUUCCACAACGCGUGCUGUGCGUUCUACACCUCCGACGCCACUGCUCUUGCCGAGUGCUUGCAGAAGUUCCACAUCAAGCUGCCGCCAUCAGACCGUACUGCUGCCGCUUCGAAGGACAGUGCCAAAUUCACAUUGCUACCCGUCGCAGCAGAGGAUAGCGCCAAGUCGGACGGCUCGGCAACAGACAAAGUCACACCUCGGUUUUAGUUCACUCGGUGUGCUGUAUAUUUCAACCCAUUCGCUAUGAUUUUGCGCAUCUGGCUUUUAACCAUUUUUAUCUUCGUUUUGCUGUGCUUUUGUAUACUUUAACUGGCGUAAGAAAUAAUAUGAUGGCUUUUUCCCAUCCUUGAUUCUCAAUGGCUAUUUUCUACUUUUUGCUAUUCCCUCAAUUCUACUUUCAACGUAUAUGUACCUGCUAUUUUCCGCACCCCCCCCCCUGUAUAUAUGUAUGAUAUUCCGAUGCUGGAUGGCUCUGUGUGGCUACUUGUAUUCUGCGCUGCUUCUGCCUUGGCCACAUUCCCGUACACCUCUGCAUUCCCAUACUGCUAGCUAGUGUGUCAGCAGAGGAUCAUAGCUAUCUCUGCGUGCUCAGACAUCGACCCACGUGUCGGCAGCAGCUUGGAGUACCUGUGCUCUAGGUGUUUUAGUCUCUUGCUAUCCCACAACCCGCCAUCACCUUUCUUUCUCGUCAUAUCCAUGAGAAGAAGGUAAUGCAGCGGGUCUUCAUUUCCUAUUCUCUAUUCUACUUUCAUCAAUAGACUUACUAAUUCUUGUAGGUUGCUGUGUGGGGACACCCCACUAAACUGUAGUUUUUGUUGUUGGUGUGCCGAAGCUCUCAAGCUAUUCCUUUAAAAGAAAACUUUCACACUCCA